GAUAGCGCGGCAGUGAUUAAAGCUAAAAAUACGGCGAAAAAGCGCACGCAGAUCUACGUGCGGGAAAUUGAAAAAUCAUCACAUUAUUCGCCCCUUUGCCUUGGUUGCAGAAAUGACGAAAUAUAAGCCCUUUUUUUACAGAAAUGACGAAAUCAAUCGUAUGAGACGAACGUCAAAACAUUAGAUGGAAAACCUGUCUGUGAAUCCACGGAUAAUUACAGCCUUGAAAAGGGCUAAUCUUCGAAGCUUUGAAUCAGUACUUCAUCUUUCUCCCGCUGAUCUUGGGAGAUGCACUAAGUUGUCCUCAAGAGAUGUCUCUGUUAUUAUCAAGGCUGUUUCAGAGGAGGUUUACAAAAUUAAAUACACCACAGCUUUGACUCUGUCAAAACAAAGCAAAGAAGACCUCCUGGAUCCGACUCACCUGACCACGGGGUGUCCGAUCCUCGAUGACUUCCUCCAUGGUGGCAUCCUGGUAAAGGGAAUAACCGAAGUAGCAGGGCAGAGUGCUGCAGGGAAGACACAGUUCUGUCUUCAGCUCUGUCUUACAGCACAGCUGCCCAUCCAACAGGGUGGUCUUGCUUGUGGUGUGGUUUAUGUUUGUACUGAAGAUGUCUUCCCAAGCAAGAGGUUACAGCAACUGAUCUCAUCGUUCAACAGGAAGAUUGAGCCUUCUCUUGCAAAGCAGCUGGCUGUAGGGGAUCAUAUUUACGUUGAGCAUGUAGCAGAGAAGGAUCAACUGUGGCACUGCCUUGAGAAACGUCUCCCCCUCCUGCUGUCCAGAGGUAUGGUGAAACUCGCCGUGGUCGACUCGUUGGCAGCCAUAUUUAGGAGUGAGUUUGAGCUGCGAGACACGGUGAAACGAGCAAGGGAGCUUCAGCGUGUUGGUGCCCAUCUACAUAGGCUUAGCUCCCAGUACAAUGCUGCUGUAGUUUGCGUGAACCAGGUAACGGCAAAUAUGAAAGCGUCACUUGAUCCCACCGAGUCGGACAUGAUGCCUGCCCUGGGUCUCACCUGGUCCAACAUCGUCAAGGUCCGUCUUAUGCUCAGUCGCACACCCUACAGGUUGCCCCCGUCAGAUGCGACAGACACGAGAACUAAUAGAACUUCUGUGAAUGGGGAAUGUAGCCACGAAAGUGAACUCAAAGCGGAGAUGCCAGGAGAUGAUUCAACUAAUUCCAGCUCAUCAAGGAGUAGGAGUAGAACAGGUGAUGAUCAACCUCACGUUGGGAAGUACCGCCUCAUCAAGACCAUUGGCAAGGGAAACUUUGCCAAAGUCAAGCUGGCCAAGCACAUCCCGACUGGCAAGGAGGUUGCAAUCAAGAUCAUAGAUAAAACACAACUGAAUCCAAGUAGUUUACAAAAGGAUAUCGAGGAAUGA